AUGGCAGCGUCUUGGGCGUUUGGGCAACAGCCCAUGGGGAUCAAGCCCGUCCCCCUCGACUUUAUCCCCUUCUUCUCGACGACCAACGGCACACGUGUCGACGCUGAUAAAAUUGACCUCAGCUUCUCUCUCGGUGCUGCCUCCACCAUGGCCCUGACCCGGCCCGCUGCCUGGGAUCGUGUUUUGACACUUUCCCAUAAAGCGGCCGGUAAGGGUCGGCAAAUCAUGAAGAGGGUCGCUCUCUACGACCGAAAGGCUCAGCCUUUCAUGAUCCGCCCCGAGGUCAAUUUUACCAUGCCGAACACACGUGAGGCCGUUGCGUCCGAUCAACUCGUGUCGCGCAAGGUUAGAAGAGGAGCCAAUUACCAGCCAAUCUCUAGAGAAGUGGCGUUCUCAGGCAGCUCACUCAGCCAUGCGUUUAUGCUUCAGGGACUUGUCCAGGCGACCGCCAACGUCGCCAACAACUACAUGAACACCUCUUCAUGUACCUCUUACGAGGAUCGGCGCGCCGCUCGCCGGGGUAUCUGCCAGAUCACCCCCCUCAAGCGCCGCGCCGAUGUUGCUCUUGGCGGUCAGCCGGACGUCCCUUUGAUGAUCACUCCGACCGGGGGUAAUAAGCUCGGGUUUUACUAUAAGGUUCUACCCAUCAUCAAGAAGGCAUACUCCAAGGGCAAGAAGGAGGUAGACGUUGCUACCGCUUCGAUGGUCGGCUUUUCGGCCUUCCUUCGAAGCAGCCGUCGAAACCCUCGCCAGCAUGUGGCGGCCUAUGGUGUUCCCGAGCUUUCCGACAUAAUGGACGAUUCCGAGCCCGAAAGUCCAACCGUCGUUCGACAGCCUGUUCUCAAGGCAGAGUCUCGGUCUCCUGCGAAGCGCAUUGCGCGUCUUACAACCCCCUUCUCCAAGACGCCUCGCGCAAACCGCUUGACGGAAGGCUUUGUCAAGCUUCUCCCUGCCUCUCGUCGCGGCGUCUUCACCACUCCUCGCAAGAGCCGAAACUCUCCUGUUCCUCAGACCGCCAGCCCAGUCUAUGACUUCGCUGUGAACUCGCUGAACUACUCACCCACCGCGUCGGAGGAAGAUCUUCCCGGUUCCCCCAAGGAGGGAUCACCUGAGCCCACCGGAGACAUCACUUCUUCCCCUACUCGAAGCCCUGGCCGUACAUUCCGUGUGCCGUCCGAGUUUGACUCCUCCUCAAUCAAUGGCGACGAGAGUAUUCGAGGCCCGCCUUCAACUCCCAACAAGUCGUCUCCGGUCAACUUUUCGCGUCCGAUCGCUCCUACUCCCUCUCGCUGGAUUCGUGCUGAGCCGACCACUCCCUUUACUCCCAUGCCCCAGAGUGCAGCUCCCGCUACUCCUGGCCAGUCUGACUCUCCUAUCGGUCUUCACGCUCUUCUUGGUCCCGACACACCCAAGGCUCCUGUCUGCACUUACGAGACUCCUACCGGUAUCGACUCUAUUGACUUUGGUGGUGCAUCUCCCUUCCAGAGCAACGUCUCCUGGAUGAACACCUCUUCUCAAGCCAGCGAGGCCCACCGAUCUCAAACCGUCAACCACGCACGUCGCCGCCGAUCCGAACCUGUUCUCCGAAAGCUACUCGAGACCCAAGCUCGCCGUCGAUCAGCUUCCCCUCAAAAGCUUCGAUUCAAGUCCGACGAUACCUUCCAGGAUGUCAUCUCUAUUGCAUCUCUGUUCGACCGCCCUUCUGCCGAUGAGACCACUAUUCUCGAGACUGCUGAGGAUGAUACCAAUGAGACCGCUUCUUACGAGACUGCCAACGAGAUCAGCGCUGUUGAACCUGUCACUACCACUGUUGACGAUGCCACUAUGGCCGAUCCCACUUCUGCUGUUGACACCACUACCGACGAACCCGACGUCCCUGCCCCUGUCAUUGACUCUACUGAGAUUCACAAGGAUGACUCUACUCCUACCGACGACAGUGCUGUCUCUGAGAUCGCUCCCGUCGAAGUCAUUGAUGAGGCCAGUAGCAGUGAUCCCACUCCCACUCAGGAUGCCGAGAUGGAAGGCCCUACUCCCAUUGUAACCGCUCAGGAGGUACAAGUCACCGAUGCUACACCUAUCAACACUACCGAUGAAGCCAACAUGGUCGACGCUGCUCCUACUGACGACCCCACUGUCUACGAUGCUACCAUUGACAUCGCUACCGCCGAGUCUACCGUUCACACCGACGUCGUUCCUACCCCCAUGGAGAUUACCAUCACUCCCGCAGUCGAGAAUACUCCUGCCAAGAACUCUACCGCCCACGUCGAAAUGUCAGAUGACGACCAACCCGCUGCCAACGAGCAAUCUAUAGUUGAGAUUGACAUGCGCGAAAAUCCUGACAUCUUUGGUGCUCACCCUUCAUCACCUCCCGCUCCUAUCCAAAACCUUUCACGCAUGGCCAAUGAUGCCUGCGAUGGCCUCGCUAAGAUCGUGGUCACCGAGGAAAAUGGAAGACUCUUCGUCCGAUUUAAGUUGCCGGCUCAAUAUGCUCACAUGUUGCCCGCGAGUCAAGGUUUUGAGAACAAUGAUCUGGCAUUCUCUCCAUCCGCUAUGGCAUCUACACCUCGAACAAGCGUCAACACCAACCAAGUUGCUUCGACUGAUCUCCCCGCCCAGCACAACCCUUUCUCGCCAAUCGUUGCUACACCUUCUCGAGUCUUCUCAUUCUCGUCGCCUGUUAACGCAAGCACACCCGAGAUGGCCACAGCUGCCGAACGCUCCAUCGGAGAUCUCCUUCAGACUCCCAACGUCACUGCCUUUGGUACCAUCAACGAUGCUAGCCCUACCGCAUUCCAGACUCCUGAACUGCCUGAGUACAACGACAACACCCUUGUCUUUGGUGAAGCUGCUUCCACCCCUCAGCCUGCCUCCACCAAGCGAACAACUCGUCGACAGUCCGCUAUGACUCCUCUCAAGCGAGCUACCACAAACGCUAUGACUGCUUCGAAGCUGACUACUCCUGCCAAGACUGUCGAACCUAACCACAAUACUCCCAAGUUCGCUACGCCACUGGCUUCCGACCCUGAUCAGACUCUUCCCUUGUCUUGGUCUGACGUUGAUACGCCUGCCAAAUCUCCAUCCGAUAAGCAUGAUGCCGCUCCUGUUCAAGAUGAGCCUCUUACUUCUGCUUCCGUCAAUCAUGUCGUCACCUCUACUCCUACUCCCGCUGUCGACGAUGCUCCCGCCAAGGAUGAGCCCGCCACCAUCACUUCUCCUGUUGACACCAUUACUAUUGCUGCCGCACAGGAUCAGCCUACCACCUCUACCCCCGCCGACACGGAUGACACCGCUCCCGCACAGGAUGAGCGUCUUUCUUCUCCCGCCGAACCAACCAUCAAUGCUCCCGUUCAGGAUGAGCAAGUCAGUUCGCCUACCGCCACCGCCGCAGCCGUCACCACCACCUCUCCUAUCACCUCCUCCACCACAACCACCGAUGCUCCCGUUCAGGAUGAGCAGACAACCGACUCUGUCGAUGCUGAUCGACAGUGGAUGCAUGACUUCAUCAAGCGGUCCCAAAAGACCACAUCGUCAGAGUCAGGUUCUUCCAUUCCUCCUUCCGCUGCUACACGCCAGCCUCUCGGGGACCGAAGCCCUAACAGGGGUAGUCCUCUGAUGAAGCGCAAGCACGAGGAUGGAAGCUUGGGAGAUGAGUCUCCUCCCAAGAAGUUGAAGGUCGAUGAGCCCAAGGCUGCCGCUGCCCCCAAGAAGGGCAAGCGAACCAGAACAGCCCGACACAAGGCUGAAUUGGCUAUCGACAUGGUCGACACCCCAACUCAGGACACAGAGUUGUCCCCUCCCGCCGACACCAACCCCGCAUCCCCUCCCACCACUCGCCGUUCCUCGCGCCUCCGAGGGCAGGACAACAUCACCGCCACACCCAAGUCCUCGCUCCCCACUCCCAUCAAGCUCAACCGAGCGGGUGCCGGUCGUGGCAUGGCCAAGAAGCCACGCACCGAGGAGCAGGAGUGGGAUCGCAAGACGCGAUCCAACACCAAGAAGAACAUGGGUGACGCUGAGACUCCCGCCGAGACCCUGACUAGACUUAAGGGUCAGGUCGAGGAAGACUCAGACGUGAGUGAAGGAUCGGCCGGCGGGCGACGCGUGGGGUGGAAGGACCCCUUGGAGAAGAUCCAGGGGUCAACCCCCAAGAAGGGACGGGCCGCACCCAAGGCCAAGGCCACUCAGGGCAACACCGGGGUCUCCAAGGCCCAGUCGACUCCCAAGUCGACAACCAAGACGACACGGGCCGCCAAGGUGGCGGAGGGUUUGGGAAUGGUAGCUAAUGGCACUCCCGCCAAACCCCAGCGCGUGACACGAUCUCGUGCACGCAAUGGGGCUUAG